AUGUCCAUCAUCAAUUAUCCUGCGCAAGUCGACUUCGAUUCUGAGAAGUGGAGCUUGCUGGGAGCAGCAGAGCUGCGAGAUGCCAGCGCAGACUUGAUCAAUCUCACUGCUAAAGGGUCGAGUGAUUGGUGGAGGACGCCAAAAGGUUCUCAGCCACUUGACAAUGUCAAUGCGAGGACGGGGCCUACGCUCACUCUCGCUGUGGAUGACGGCGAGGCCAAUUGGACAGCGGGCGUAUGGAUGCAGUGUGGGAUGGAUGAGAGCAUGGGCAAAGGCGCGACGGACGAACGCCAGCUCAAACCUGCUCCUCGCCGUCUUGCAAGGUUCAAGCAGGCUGCUCUGUUCGUCCACGCUGGUGAGACCAUCGGAGAGCCUAGCACGAGCUGGACGAAAGCAGGCGUCGAAUUUGACGAGGGACGGGAAAAUGUCGGCUGCGUUGUUGCCAAUCCCUACUCUGAUUGGUCUACCGCACCUUCCAAGCCAUCCGUCGGGCUCUCGAAGCAGAAUUGGCUCUACGUUCAGGUGACCAGACAUGGACCUGAUCUGAGCGUGUCGAUCGCAUACUCUGAGGCAGUUCAACAAGCGUCAGAGUUGCCUCUUCGACCUCAAGCCUCUGAGCUCGUGCAGAUUCGCGAGAUCAGAGGAUUUGUUCAGCCAGCGACAUUUCAAGACGAGGCCUCGUGCGAAGCGAGCGGUCAGAAAUGGCGUGUCGGUGUGAUGACAUGUGGACCGCUCAGCCAAGCGACCCAGUCGACGUUCGCCAAGUUCUCCUUCGAGAGUAGUAGUAGUAGCACUCGGUGUGAUGUACGACUAGCGUGCGACGACAACGGGGAUCAAGAAAGGAUUGAAGAUCGGACCGAGGAACAUUCGGACGUCACGCAGCCGAACCUAUCGGAGUGUCCUUAUCCUAGAUCCGAAGCGAUGGUGAAUGCAGCCCCAUCAGCAAUCGCCGCGUCCGGCCAGUCCGCAUCUUCUGGCGCCAGCAAGCGACAUCAUCGUCUCAAAGCGUUCAAUGCCGCCAAGCUUGCCGGUCUCCAUAAUUUGCCGACCAUGGCAUGUGGCUUGAAUCACAAAGACUACAUGUAA